UUGCUGACAUUUGGCAUUUGCAAUUGUUGGGUUGUGUUUUUUGCACUUUGAUAUCGCAAUGUUUUUGUGUUAAUAUUUUCAGCAAAUAAGAGUUAAUUUUCAUUUAAUUUCAACAAAAAAGUGCGCAUUGUUUUAUGGGGUUUAAACACCGGUACAUCGCGUGUCAGUGAAAUAUAAUCAAAUUUUUCGAUUUAUUUUCGUUACAAUGGCUGAAAGUAACGGCGAAAUGGAAGACGAUAUUAUCAUAAACGACCAAGACGGCCUCCCCAACGUCCACCCCAACCUCCUCGCGGAAGCCGAUAUCGAUAGCCCCGAACAUGUGACCGACGACGAGUUUGAAGACCUGCCGACGUCCCUCAUCGUCACCAACAUCCACGACACUGUCUUUACCUCAUCUGAGAAAAAGCGCGAGAUAGAGAAUCUAUUCCGGAUCUAUGACCCGGAUGUGACAUUCCAGUGGCUGCGCAGCUUCCGAAGACUGAGAGUGAACUUCCAGACCCCAGUGGCGGCGGCAAGUGCCCGCAUUCAGCUCCACCAAUACAAGAUAAACGACUCAGUGAUCACGUGUUACUUUGCUCAACCCGUUACCCCCGUCAAAAACCCCAGUUUGCAGCCGCCAGCCCCCUUCAAGCAGUUCCUAAUUUCGCCACCGGCGUCGCCCCCUCUCGACUGGGAGCCCCGGCCGGAAGGUGAGCCCAUUAUCAAUCAUGACCUUCUUGCAGCUUUGGCGACUCUCACGCCGGGGGCGUCGCACGAGGUGCAUCCCCCGUCCCCCGGCCAGCCCAGCAUUGUGGUGCACACGGCCCUCGGGGUGGACAAUGCGGGGGCUAAGGGGAGAUUGCCACAGACGUCGUGUCCAGAACGGAGUUAAUGUUUUGUACAGGUUUUCAAAGUUAUUUUUAAGUGUGAGCUUUCAUUAGAGCCUCUCAAUAUGUCAAUUUCUCUCUAUGUAGAAUCUGUCACUCAUUUAUUAUGGAAUUACGUGAUUGAUUUGUUGGUUGUAACUGUAUAAUUAAUUUAACUCAAUGUGAUAAUAAAAGUGUUGCUAAUAAAAGAUAAUUCCGAAAGUACUCAUCGGGGAAAUUUAAGACAAUUUCAAACAUGAAUCUGUAACGGACUUUCACUUAGAUCCAUUAUUUUCUAAAACACUAGUUGAGCCUCCAAAAAUUGAAAAACUUGUUUUCAGUACUUUGGUGAAUAACAACCAACUUCAUUUUUUGGAGGGUGAGGAUAAAAAUUUCAAAUGUAAGUCCAUACUCAGUUUAGAGUAACUUUUCUUUCGCAAUUACAAAAAAACUUGUGAACUUCCUUUGUAUAUUUAUUAACGACAACGAAUUUAAAUGUUUAGUUCAUGCUAGUCUUUAGUCUGUGAUUUUUUCUCUUUUCACCAUUUUAAUUUUAAGUAGAUUCGUAUAUUGUUUAUUUUUUGCUUACUAUAUUUACACGAUUUACGAAAUUCAGUAACAUUAAAAACGAUAACACAAAAUUUUUGUUAGUUUAUUUGGUUGUGACAAAAUUAUCGAUUUAAAGUUGCUGCAAUUUCGUGUAAAACAAGUUUGAUCAACUUUAUAAAUAAAAAAAAGAAUGUAAACGUACCAAAAAAUACGGAUACGUAUUUGUAAAAUGGCUAUGUAUAUUUUGUAUAGUCGUAAUGUAUGUCCACUGACGUUCUCGAAUUAUUCCGCAAUUCCGAAGCUUGAAAUUAUAUAAUUACGUAAAAAGGAGAUUAUUUUCGUUUAUGGAUAAUUUAUGCUUGUUUUAGACUAUUUUUCAAGCUUUAUCCCAGAACAAUAGUUCGUAUUCACUUUCUAUUAUUUUAAUGGUAAUAAAAUAAACAAAAAGACGUUAACUAUGUAUCUAUGUGUAAAUAAAGUUAUUCGUU